UGAGAGCAGUACCCUGAUCGGCUGAGAGCUGGCCAAUGCUGUCAGCGAUGGUCUCCCCGGUUGCUCCACAGACGGCACCGUCAAAUUGGAGCUUUGGCGGCGCGGGAAACGGCGGCUCAGGAGACGGUGGUGGCGAAACCGAUGCGGGGGGCUCGGGCGAGGGAGGAGCAGGGCUGGGCGGCGCCGGGCUAGGAGGCGCAGGCGAAGGAGGCGCGGGCGACGGAGGCUCCGGGCUGGGCGGGCUCAGCUCAGGGGUCGGGGGCGCGGGGCUGGGGGGCACGGGCGAGGGUGGAGCAGGGCUGGGCGGCUCCGGGCUGGGCGGCUCCGGGCUAGGAGGCGCAGGCGAAGGAGGCGCGGGCGACGGAGGCUCCGGGCUGGGCGGGCUCAGCUCAGGGGUCGGGGGCGCGGGGCUGGGAGGCUCGGGCGAGGGUGGAGCAGGGCUGGGAGGCGCCGGGCUGGGCGGCUCCGGGCUAGGAGGCGCAGGCGAAGGAGGCGCGGGCGACGGAGGCUCCGGGCUGGGCGGGCUCAGCUCAGGGGUCGGGGGCGCGGGGCUGGGAGGCUCGGGCGAGGGUGGAGCAGGGCUGGGCGGCUCCGGGCUGGGCGGCUCCGGGCGAGGAGGCGCAGGCGAAGGAGGCGCGGGCAACGGAGGCUCCGGGCUGGGCGGGCUCAGCUCAGGGGUCGGGGGCGCGGGGCUGGGAGGCUCGGGCGAGGGAGGAGCAGGGCUGGGCGGCUCCGGGCUGGGCGGCUCCGGGCUAGGAGGCGCAGGCGAAGGAGGCGCGGGCGACGGAGGCUCCGGGCUGGGCGGGCUCAGCUCAGGGGUCGGGGGCGCGGGGCUGGGAGGCUCGGGCGAGGGAGGAGCAGGGCUGGGCGGCUCCGGGCUGGGCGGCUCCGGGCUAGGAGGCGCAGGCGAAGGAGGCGCGGGCGACGGAGGCUCCGGGCUGGGCGGGCUCAGCUCAGGGGUCGGGGGCGCGGGGCUGGGAGGCUCGGGCGAGGGUGGAGCAGGGCUGGGCGGCUCCGGGCUGGGCGGCUCCGGGCUAGGAGGCGCAGGCGAAGGAGGCGCGGGCGACGGAGGCUCCGGGCUGGGCGGGCUCAGCUCAGGGGUCGGGGGCGCGGGGCUGGGAGGCUCGGCUCAGGGGUCGGGGGCGCGGGGCUGGGAGGCUCGGGCGAGGGAGGAGCAGGGCUGGGCGGCUCCGGGCUGGGCGGCUCCGGGCUAGGAGGCGCAGGCGAAGGAGGCGCGGGCGACGGAGGCUCCGGGCUGGGCGGGCUCAGCUCAGGGGUCGGGGGCGUGGGGCUGGGAGGCUCGGGCGAGG